AUGCUUUCUAAUAAUAUUCGAGGGAGUGGUACCUUAGCUAUGAGGAAAGAGUUGAGUCAACUGAUUAUUAAGGAGGCUUUCGAUGUUUUCCUUAUUCAGGAGACUAAGGCUCAUGUGGUUUAUGAGAAGUUGGGGAUGGAGUUGUGGGGUGGUUCUGAAGGGCAGGGAACUUUCAAAGGGGCUAGUGGAAGAUCUGGAGGUUUAUUGAUUAUGUGGAGAGAAGGUAUGUUUUCGUUAAACUCCAGCUUUUCAGGUGAAGGGUUUGUGGGUGUCAAUUUUAUUUGGAAGGGUUAUUACUUAUAUGUGGUGAACAAUUAUUCUCCGUGCUUCUUGCAUAAGAAACGAUUGCUGUGGGAGGAAAUUUUAGCUUGUAAGGCCAAGUUUUCUAGGAGGAGUGGUGUAUUACGGGGGAUUUUAAUACUGUUAAAAAAGAUUGGGAGAGAAAAAGGCUCUUAG